AUCUUUACAAUCUGUCAAAAUUAUUCAUUCACAAAGUUCGCAAAUCGUGUGCCCUUCGAUUGCAUCAAAAUUCACCAAAUUUUAUCGAUUUCACACUCAGAUUGUAGCAAAAUCACCCUCAGCCCACAAUGAGCGACGACUACUUGAGUAAACCACUUUCGUUUGGUGGCCCGUCUCCCGCUCUUCCUUCCCAGCAGAUUCAGCCGCUGUCGCCGUAUCUCAACUAUGACACCCGGUACCUGCAGAGCCAGCCGGAGUUUAUCUUUCCCGAGGGUGCCUCUAAGCAGCGAGGCCGCUUCGAACUGGCCUUCUCACAGAUCGGAUCGUCCGCAAUGAUCGGCGCCGGCAUCGGUGGAAUGGCCGGAUUCUACAACGGAAUGCGCGCAACCGCCCUGGCAAACCAAACCGGCAAGCUGCGACGGACACAGCUGCUGAACCACGUCAUGAAGCAGGGAGCGGCCACGGCCAACACGCUGGGCACGGUCGCGGUCAUGUAUUCCGCCUUUGGCGUGUUGCUUCAGUUUGUUCGCGGCGAGGACGACGAAAUAAAUACGAUCGCAGCCGGAGGUGCCACCGGAUUGUUGUACAAAUCGACCGCCGGUUUGCGGAAAUGUGCCCUCGGAGGUGGAAUUGGACUGGCCCUCAGCGGAUUGUACGUGCUGUGGGGUAUCACCGGUGGUAGCUCGAAGAACUUGAAGGAACUAAGGUCGCAAUACUUGUAAAAUGGGAAGAAGCGCGCGUAAUGUUAAGGGACUAUUCGACUAGAUUCUACAUUCUAAGUGUACCACACAUGAGCCGUAACGGAGCUGGAUGCCAUUGAAAAAGCGAAAGAUUACUCUUUAGUUUGUGUACCGCCGCCGCCGCCGCCGGUCAGAACCCUGGGAAUGAUUAUGGAAACAAGUGUUUCUCUAAAAUAGGUUCCAUUAUGUAUGUUAGGAGCACUUGUUAGCUGUGAUUUUUAUGUUUUAUAAUAUUUUUUUCAGCCCACAAAAAAGGUAAUCGCUACGACUUGGAAAAAUAUAGCACUAU